CACUACUGAGUCUCAAAACCUGAACUAGGCCUAACUAACCUAAUUUGAACCAAUCUCGUAGCAAUGGAACAUCAUCACAACAGCUGUUUCACCUACUUGGACGAUUCCUCUGCUUUCAGUUAUUGUAACAGCGACAGAUCCGGAGAGUUUCAAACAACUUCCCCCGAGAGCCUACGACGACGAAUCUUCCUCUCUUGCACCAAUGACAACUCCUCCGACGAUUUGAUCAGAUACCUCGUAACGCAUCUCGAGUCAUCAUCCUCCUCUUCGAUCGAGGAACAGAAGCAAGCUGCUAUGGAGAUUAGAAUCUUAUCAAAGAACAAAGCAGAGAACCGUAUCAAACUCGCUAAAGCAGGUGCGAUUACACCGUUGGUUUCUCUCAUCUCUUCUUCUGAUCCUCAGCUUCAAGAGCACGGAGUCACUGUGGUUUUGAAUCUCUCACUCUGCGACGAGAACAAAGAGAUGAUUGUUUCUUCCGGUGCUAUUAAACCUCUCGUUAAUGCUUUGAGAUUAGGAACACCUACGACUAAAGAGAACGCUGCUUGUGCUCUGCUUCGGUUAUCGCAGUCGGAGGGUAACAAAACCGCCAUCGGAAGAUCCGGUGCGAUUCCUCUG